UUACUUCCCUUGAUAUGUAUUUUUAGCCAUGAUGGCCAUAUCUUUAAAAUUGUAAACAAAAUGAUUUCCGCGUUUUUGUCAAAAUAGAAAUAAUUUACAUUAUUAUAUCCAUAGAAACCCUGUGAUGGAACUGGUUGCAAAACAUACACCGUUAGUCUUAAUAAAUCCUGAAAAAUAAUUAUUCUAAAGUUGCUAAACAGAUUUCAUUUUGUUUAAGUGUUUAAAAAAGACAAGAUCUAUGGAGGUUGUAAUCAGAUCAUACGAUGAUGUUAGUUACUACGUAGGUGAAGCACGUAGAAGAUGGGUGUACGGAAAUCUAAAUAUUCAUUGUCAAAAAAUAACUUUUAUAGAAGUUUGCAAGAAUCCUUCAGAUCAAAUAAUCGAUGUCUUAAUUCCAUUUCAAAGUGUUGAAAAAAUUUACAAAGCCACAACUACUUUAAUUUACAGAGCCGUGGUUGUAACAUUAAAAACUGGCAAAACAUUUUGGUUUUCCUCCUUCAAAGAUCAUGAAAGUGUUUUUAAGCUCUUAAAUUAUUUCCAUAAAAAUUUAGUAUUAGAUCGAGAAAAGAGGGCAAUAACUGGUAGUGAUGUAGGCAUUUCAAAAAGAACAGAAAUGGGGACUAAACUUUUGAAUAUCACCCAUGAUUCCAUGGCAACUCUUUCAGGGGCUGCGGUCAGUCUUAACGAGCAAGGUGAAAAAAUUGGCAAUUCGGCAAUUAGAAUGUUGGAUAUUCACAAUGAUCUUGACAUUGCCCAACACAUAACUUCUGGUUUAGAAAAAUGGGUUGGGCGAUGGAGUCUACCAAAAGAAUACAAGGUUAUCAAGCCAGUUGUUAUUAAAGGAAAUGACAUACCAGAAAUCUAUGACUACGAAAUCUUGUUCACUAAAAUUGAGCCUGGAAAAAUGUGUCAACAACAAGAAGGGGUUAUCCAGGUGUCACAGGUUAAACUCAGUGUUUUAGACCUUAAACAGAAGGUGUUGCACCAAUUCGAUUGGUCAGAUGUUUCUACAGUUAGAGUGAUCAGCCCUUGGGAAAUGAUGGUGAUUAGAAACCAGAUAGGGAAACCAGACAUUUCUUAUUCUUUUGUUUCAUCAAGAUUAGUUGACAUUUUGAGCAAAAUUGAUGUAUAUGCAAAGCAUAAAAUGGAUUACGAAAGCCCAAAUUUAUCUCCAACAAGCCCUGAAUCUUCACAAAUUCAAACAAAAAGCUUUCCUGUAGACACACAUUUACAAAAUAAAUCUAAGCGCGAAAGAAUCAGCAUUCCAGAUGAUGAUGCUGACAUCACAUUCGGAUCGACAUCAAGAGAUCAUACAAUGAAAAGUCAGGAUGAGGUUUAUAUGCAACAAGAAGUCGUAUCUACUGCAGAAGUGGAAGAAUUGUCUAGUAAUUUGCAGAAUCUAAAAUCUAUGAUGCUAGCUGUUGGAGAAGAGACAGAUAUUCAGAAUGAAAACUUGGACUCACUAACUGAAUCUGUUGAUCAAGCAAAUAUUAAACUACGAGAUGUCAAUAAAAGAAUCAACAAACUGAUGUAAAUCAAAACAAUUACUGAUCUAAUUAAUUCUUUAUUUCUCUUUGUUUUUUAUAUUUCUGAUUUUUACAUUACAUGUACAUAUUAAGAUCUACCAAUCUGUUCCACAGAGCAUUAUGAAAGUCUUCUAAUAUCUCUGUAAAUGAUGACUACCUUCAACACCUGACGUCUCAUUACGCGACGUCAAUCAUUGGCUCAAUGGCGCAUGCAUUGUUUACAAAAGACGUUACUGGUUCAGGCAGAAUGGUGUCUUUUACUCAUUUUAAUACCCAUUUACACUAAAUAAGAAAUGAUUUUUACCCACAAAUAUGUCAAACGUCUUUAAUCAUUUUUCUAAUAUACUAUUCAAAAAAAGUAGGGGAUAUUUGAUUUUUAAGUGUUAUUAAAGUCACCUAAUGAAACUGACGAAGAAACAAAUGACAAAAUGAAAUGAAGUUCACAUUCAUCGAUUUAUUCCAAAUGAUCGUUAGACUAAGUAAGGCACAGACUGACCAUUAUAAGGGUAAAAUGAAACCCGGGGUCAAACAGCAAAGUUACCACAGCAUCACAACCAAGUCAGUAACGGGUAAAUCCUCCUGUUUGCCAAACAAGCAUUGAUCCGACGUGGCAUACUCCUAAUGAGACGUCUAAGGUCAUUUUGGUCCAGAUUGUCCCAUUCCUGUUGCAACGCAGCAGCAAGUUCUUGGACAUUGGCAGGACGUUGUUGACGUUGACGUAAGCAUCACCUGCAUUCCAUGCGGUAGCUAUUGGUGCGUUUGGGCGUCACAUGUAACUGGAAAUGUUUCUUCUGUUAGGUUCUAUAGUGACUUUUUUCGUAGUCAUUUGCAUAUUUUAGUAUUAUGUGACUUUUUUUCGUAGUCAUUUGCAUAUUUUAGUAUUAUGCCCCCAAAAUCAAAUAUCCCCUACUUUUUUUGAAUAGUAUAUAUAUAUAAAAAAAAUGUUUUAUAAUUUAAUUUGUUGGAGGAAAAAAGUUAAUAUUUGUGGCUCAUUAAGUCGCAUCGAUGUCAUCCUUAUCAGUAAUUGUAGGGGCCUAACGAAUAUUCACUGCUGAUCAGUGUGAAGAUCUACAUGUAAAUAUAUUCAAAACAACUGGUGAUAAACCGUUUGAGUUCCUAAAUAGAUCAAUGGAUGAAGUCUUUGUGUAAUUGAAACAGACAGGUCUAUUAUUAGGUUAUGUUAGUGAGAUUUCUGUUGUGAUGGGAUUUUUAUAUUGUACACUGUACAUCAAUAUUCAAUAAUAAAAUCUAGCAGGUAAAAUAUAAAAUACAGAAUUAAAGGAAAGAAAAAGAA